AAAUGACAGGAAAUGUGCUUAGAGUAUUUACAGUGGAAUCAUUCGACCAAUUAGACAGAGCUUUAGCUGAUGCAUUGACUUGGGAAAUGUGCCGGACAGAUUUUAGACCUGGAACCCCCGAUAUAAUUUGUGCUUCAGACAAAAUAGGUGUUAGGGCAUCUACUAAAAAGCCUUUUGAAGGAUACGUGUUUGUUCAGAAUCAUUUUAAUCAGCCAGAAUGCCGUGCUGGACCUGAAAAUUUUCCUGAUUCUAGAAGUAUUGGAAUAACCGUUCCAUUUACUAAUUGUGAUGUCCACAGAUAUAGAUCGUUAAGUCCAAAAGGAAUAUUUGUUGAAAUGACUGUUGUUUUUAUGUUCCAUUCUGUUUUUAUGACAAAAGUAGACCAAAUGGUUAAUAUUAAAUGUUUUUAUAUGGAAGCGGAAAAGUCUGUGACUGUUCCCAUGGAAGUUAGCCAAAUAACUACACAAUUCCGCCAAAAUGUAUUUCAAAUGCCUAGAUGUGAAUAUACUUUAAGAAAAGAUUCGGCAGAAGGGCCAAUUGUGCAGUUUGCAAUUUUGGGCCAACCAGUCUAUCACCGUUGGGAAUGUAUAGAAGAAGGAGGACAGGAUACUUUUGGAAUGCUUGUACAUUCUUGUUAUGUAGAUAAUGGAUUUGGGGAUAGAGUGGAUAUUUUGGAUGAAAAUGGGUGCGGAUUGGAUGCCGUUUUGUUGAGAACACCAGAUUAUGACACAAGUUUACAUUUAGCUACAAAAGAGUAUCACGUAUUUAAAUAUGCAGACAAGCCGGUACUUCAAUUCCAAUGUCAAGUAACCCUUUGCCUAAAAUUGGAUGGAGGCUGUGCAGGAAUUUCUCCCCCAAAUUGCCCAGAGACUAAACCUAGACAUUUAAAUGAAUUACAAACAAUUAGUAGACGUCGAUCUAAAUCUAAAGUUUUUACUAAAAAAUCGAGACGUUCAAAUCCGGAAACUAUGGAUGUUUUUACUAAACCGAUGAUGGUUAAAAUUUAA